CAGCAAGGCUCCGGUGCGUGUCCACCCGCUCAGUGCGGGUGCAGCCCAGCCCAGAUGCAAGCAGGGACCCGUCUGCUCCAGGUGAUGAAAUGCAACCCCCUGCAAGGCUGGGCAAGGAGAACCCAGCCACAUCCCCAUGGCCGUGCAGAGCCACCACCGGCUGCCCUGCGGUGACCAGGGCUCAACCUCAGCUCGCCUGGGGCUGGGCACAGACCAACACCACAACUUCUGCCUGUGCCAUUGGCCAGGGCAGCAGCAGUGCCUUGGAGCCCAGCCGCAGGAGAGGGGUGGCUGCAUCCCCCAGCCCCACAGGACCCCUGUGCCCCCAUUGUGGCAGCACAGGCCCUGCCAGGGGCACGGUGCAGGCAGGGAUGGAUGAUGGCACCAUGCACCAUGGGCUGCCCAUCACCAGCACCCAGCUCCGAGGGGAGGCUCCAUCGGCCUGACAGGGGGUGCCGGGGGGUCAGGGGGUUCAUUGCACCCUGCAGCACCCGGAGGCACUGGUUCCCCUUUCCCCUUCGGGCCCCGAGAUGGGAACCCUGCGGGAGAGCAGCUCAGUGCAAGGCUCCGGGUGCCCGCUGGGGAUCCCAGGCUCGCAGGAGCCGGUGUGGGCCAGGGGCUGCUCCAGCCCCAUCCCCAGUGAGGUCCGCGGGUUGGAGCAUCCCACGGGAGAAGGUCGCGGAGCUGCGGGCAGCAAGAAGCGGACAAGCUCCGAAAGGCGCCGGGAGCCCCAGAUCCGGGUUUGCAGAGGGCGACAGCGGCCGCUGCACGGACCUGGGUUGGGCUGUGAAGCCGAUGAGGAAAUCAGGCGGCGUCACACGCGCCCUCCUGACAGUUGGCCCCGGCGAAUGUGGCCGGGACGGUGAGGAACGGGAGCCGGGCAGGGCAGCGGGGCCGGGGCAGCGGCUCGGCCGCCCCACAGCCAUGUUCUCCCGGAAGAAACGGGAGCUGAUGAAAACCCCCUCCAUCUCCAAGAAGAGCCGAGCGGGAAGCCCCGUCCCGCAGAGCCUGCCGGACCUCUCCCGUAAGGAUUGCUUGGAAGCACCCGGCUCCAGCCUGGGGGAGCUGCCCCCGGCCAGCUCCAAGCUCAGCACCAGCCCCAGCGCCAUGGGCACCCUCAAGCGCCCUACCAGCCUCAGCCGCCAUGCCAGCGCCGCCGGCUUCCCCCUCACCCCGGCCGGCCCCAGGGCCGUGCCCAAGGGCCACAGGACCCCCACAUCCUCCUGCAGCCCCAUGGACGGAGGGGACGGCCCCUUCAUCGACACGGAGGACAUCUCCCAGCUCCUGGCGCAUGUGGCCCGCUUCGCUGAUGCCCUGGAGAAGCUGCGGGACGUGGUGCUGCGGGACGACCCCAAAGAGCCCCAGCGGCCGCUGGCCCACGAGUGCCUGGGUGAAACCCUGCGUGUCCUGCGCCAGGUCAUCAGCAAGUACCCGCUGCUCAACACCCUCGAGACCCUGACGGCUGCCGGGACCCUCAUCUCCAGAGUCAAGGGCUUCCAUUAUGAAUCCAACAAUGAGGCGGACAAGCGGGAGUUCGAGAAGGCCGUGGAGACCAUCGCAGUGUCCUUCAGCAGCACCGUGUCAGAGUUCCUCAUGGGGGAGGUGGACAGCAGCACCAUCCUCUCCAUCCAGAACCAGACUAUGGAGAACCUCUACGGGGGGAUGCCUGUGCCUGGAGGAGAUGGCCUUCCUUCGGGCUGUCCCCCUGCCGAGGAAGUGGAUGUGCUCCUGCAGCGCUGCGAGGGGGGGGUGGACGCUGCCCUCCAGUACGCCAAGAACAUCUCCAAGUACAUGAAGGACCUCAUGGGAUACCUGGAGAAAAGGACCACGCUGGAGAUGGAGUUUGCCAAAGGGUUUCAGAAGAUGGCCAAUAGCUGCAAGCAAACCUUCAGCCAGGAGGCCAACAUGCCCUUCCUGUCCAUCUACCUGCUGACACUGGAGCAGGACACGGAGCACGCAGCAUCGGUUCUGCAGGCUGCCAGCACCCUGCAGCAGCAAACCUUCCUCCAGCCGCUCUCAAUGAGACGCCUGGAACACGAGAAGAGGAGGAAGGAGAUCAAGGAGCAGUGGCACCGGGCGCAGAGGAAGCUGCAAGAGGCAGAGGCGAACCUGCGCAAGGCCAAGCAGACCUACAUGCAGCGCAGUGAGGAGCACGACAAGGCCAAGUACAUGGCGGUGAAGGCAGAAGAGGACCAGCAGAGCACCGCCAGCAGCAUCACCACCAAAACCCUGGACAAGAAGAGGCGGCUGGAAGAGGAAGCCAAGAAUAAGGCGGAAGAGGCGAUGGCCACGUAUCGGACCUGUGUUGCGGAUGCGAACACGCAGAAGCAGGAGCUGGAGGACACCAAAGUGAACUCCUUGCGCCAGAUCCAUGAAAUGAUCAAGCAGAGUGACCAGGUCAUCAAGCUGGCCACGAUCUCCUUCUACCAGAGCAUGCACAUGCAGACGGCUCCGCUGCCUGUCAACUUCCAGACACUGUGCGAGAGCAGCAAGCUCUAUGACCCGGGCCAGCAGUACGCCGCGCACGUCCGGCAGCUCCAGCGUGGUGACGAGCCCGACACCCAGUACGACUUCGAGCCCUACGUCUCCCACAACGCCUGGUCCCCCUUCACUCGGACACGGAAAGGCAGCUUCAACACUGAGUUCCCAUCGGGAGCCAGCACUGAUGGAGCCGGGAUGCCUAAGGACGGGACUGUCUCAGAAGGAGGAGUGGGAGCCAAGGAGCAGCACGGUGGGAGCACGGCUGCUGAGAGCAGAGGUGGGAGGGGACACCAGGUCCAUAAAUCCUGGCCAACCUCCAUGACCGAAGCUGACAGCAGCCUGGAUUCAAGCACAGGGGAGUUCAGCCGCAAGCUCCAGCGCUUGUCUUCCAAUGGCACCGCAUCCUCCAGCGAGGAGCUGGAGGAGAAGGAUGAGAACACGGCCUCCUUUGAGCAGGGCAUCAAUGGGAUCACCCCGGAGAUGACGGCUCCAACGGGGCCUUUCCGAAACAUUGGCUUAUCCAAGGCUGCCCAGACCCAUCGGCUGCGGAAGCUCCGUACCCCAUCCAAGUGUCGGGAGUGCAACAGCUACGUUUACUUCCAGGGAGCAGAAUGUGAGGAGUGCAACCUGGCCUGCCACAAGAAGUGCCUGGAAUCCUUGGCCAUCCAGUGCGGGCACAAGAAGCUCCAAGGGAAGCUGCAGCUUUUUGGGCAGGACUUCACAAAGGCUUCUCAGAGCAGCGCCGACGGCAUCCCCUUCAUCAUCAAGAAGUGCAUCGCCGAGAUUGAGAAGCGGGCGCUGAAAACCAAGGGCAUCUACAGAGUGAACGGCGUCAAGACCCGCGUGGAGAAGCUCUGCCAAGCCUUUGAGAAUGGGAAGGAGCUGGUGGAGCUGUCCCAGGCCUCCCCCCAUGAUAUCAGCAACGUCCUGAAGCUCUACCUGAGGCAGCUCCCGGAGCCCCUUAUGCCCUUCCGCAUGUACAACGAGCUGAUGGGCCUGGCCAAAGAGAGCUUGCAGGGCGGCGAGGCCAAGGGCAGGAGCGGCAAAGGGGGCCCUGAGCUGGAGGACAAGGGAGCCGACACCGACAGAGUGGUGCUGAACCUGGUGCUGAAGCUGAAGGAGCUGCUGCAGGAGCUGCCCCGGGAGAACAUGGCCACGCUGCAGUACCUGCUGCAGCACCUGAGGAGGAUCGUGGAAGUGGAGCAGGACAACAAGAUGACCUCAAGCAACCUGGGCAUCGUCUUCGGGCCAACGCUGAUGCGCCCCAGGCCCACAGAUGCCACCAUUUCCUUGUCCUCGCUGGUGGAUUACCCGCACCAGUCUCGCAUCAUCGAGGCACUCAUCAUCUUCUACCCUACCAUCUUUGAGAACAAGGAGCCGGCGGCGCUGGGCGACUGCAGCCAACAUGCUCCGGAUGGCACAGGGGAGGCAGGGACCUGCUCUGAGCUGGGCCCCCCGUGUCCCGCAGAGCCCGGGGACCGCUCCAUCGACUCGGACUCGGAGCUGGAGGACAGCGGGGACGCGCCGGGGAGCGCGCCCGGCGCCGCCCGACCCCGCCUCAGCCAGCAGGGGAGCGAGACCAGCACCGAGGAUGCUGCGGGCUGCGAGGAGGGGAGCGAGGGCCCCGCGGCCGAGGAGCGCAGCGGUGCCCAGUAACGGAGCGCUGCCCCCCCCCUGCCGCAUCCAGGCGCUGUGCG